AUGGCUGUGCACUCACGCCCGAUGCUUACCGGGAAUGGCUACAAGCCUUUCUGGGGCCCACAGACAAGUGCGGUGAACUUUUGCGAGGAGGACUAUGUGAUUACGCAUCUGGUUGCCGAAUUCUUCAACACAGUAACAAGCUUAUUGUACAUCGCAUAUGGUGUCCAUGGCAUCCGACGGUACAAGCGCAAGAACGUCAAUGUACUCGCCGAUGUCAACCUGCCUUACUGGGGACUCGUCGGCGUGGGCGUCUUCUCAGGCGCAUACCAUAUGACUCUGAAGUAUCACACUCAGAUGUGUAUGCUUAAUCCAACCAUCGAAACAUCCAACGCUGACAUGUUGCCAGCUGACGAGCUAUCAAUGCAUGUUGCCACCGGGACUGUAAUGCAUCAGCUCUUUACCUUCAAGCAGCCACCUGAAAGAAAGCGCCUUAUCCGAGCAGGACUACUUGGAGUCUUGAUACCCUUCUACAUUUACCAUUGUCUGACUGACGAGUUCACGGUCCAUGUCAUCCUCUUCCUGAGUAUGGUUUUUACCGUCAUCUGGAAGACGCGGAAGGAGAUCCAGAUACACAUAACCCGCCCUGAAGACCGCAGCAAAUUGACGAAGUUGACAACGUUUGGAAGCUUCUGUGCUGUGUUGGCUUAUGUCCUUUGGAACAUCGAUGUGAAUUGCUGCGCAAUGUUGACAAGGUGGAAGCAUCAAGUGGGAAUGCCCUGGGCUGUGGUGUUGGAGCUCCAUGGAUGGUGGCAUGUGUUGACUGCCAUUGCUUCGUAUGCUUUCAUGGCCAUCAUUGAGUUCUUGACCUUUCCAGAUGACUUGAAUGACAAAACCCGAUCAGCGCGAGGCAUUGGCUUUGCAUGGCCAGCCACGACUGUGAUGCGGGAGCUGGGAGGUGCUGCAAAUGGUGGUGACGGAGAUGCAGAACGUCGUUGA